AUGUCACGCCACCACCACCGCUUCGAACGGGACUACCGGGCACCCUGGGAGCGGCGCGACAUCCGCCUUUCGGGCCUCCACAAUGGAGGAGCCAAUCAUAACUGUGCCUCUGCCGUGGUCAACGGCAACAACCGCCCGGGACUCCUUCCUCUCCCCGUAAUCCCGUCGCUGCUUCCCACACCGACCGCCGUCGUCGUGACGACGUCGAGCGGCGAAGCGGCCGUCAAGCGGGGCAUCGCGGGAUCGGUCGCUCCGGCGUCAUCCAAGGUUUCAGGUGUGUCUCCCGGGGACAACCAAAGCUCGGGCCUGCUGCUCACUCCGGGUGUGAGGUGGGGACAGACGCCCAUCAACCAGCUGACACCCUGGGACACGGACGAGCCGCCGAGCAAGCAGCAUCGAGAUGGCGAGGCCACGGGUCCCGCCUGGGUGGCACCGGUCGCUGCAGUUAGUCAGCCUAGCCUCUUACCCCACACUUACGCCCUCCCCCAUCCGCCCUCCUAUAACCACAGUGUGACGGCACAGUCGCCGAUCAUUGGGGUGACAUCUGUGCCGCCGCCCCAUCAUCAGCACUCCCUCAUGACCGCCCACUUCCAGCUGACACCGCAGUCGACCCCACAGCCGCCUGCUAUGGUGAUGAGCAUGCCAGGACAGCCACCCUACGCCACCGUGCCAUCCAACCACGUGGUACACACGACCCCCCACGGUCUGAUGGGCAACGGCCAUUUGAGCGCCCACCACCCGGGCCUCAUCCAGCUCACCAACGGACAGGGGACUGCCGCCACCGCUGACAAUCAGGAGGGUCUUAACGGUGUGCAAAUGCUUCGGACAGUCGGGAUGGGGAAGUACGAGUUCAGCGAUCCGGGACAUCCCAAAGAAAUGUUGAAGGAGCUCAACCAGCAGCGGCGAGCGAAAGAGUUUACAGACCUGAAAAUAAUUGUUGAAGGCAAAGAGUUUGAAGUCCACCAAAAUGUUCUAGCUUCCUGCAGCUUGUAUUUCAAGGACCUGGUCAAAAGGUCGUCAGGGGAGACGCGUAACGGCGAGAUGCUGAAGCUGAGCAUGAGCAACAUCAGCGCAGAGGUUCUGGAGCAGCUGCUGGAAUUCGUGUACACCGGCUCGCUUGUCAUUGAUUCGGCAAACGCCAAAACGCUGUUGGAGGCCGCCAACAAGUUUCAGUUCAACACUUUCUGCAAAGUCUGUGUCUCCUUCCUAGAGAAACAGCUGACGGCUGCAAACUGUCUUGGCGUAUUGGCCAUGGCUGAAGCCAUGACUUGCACAGAGCUGCACAACAUGGCCAAAGCCUUUGCGCUGCAGAAUUUUCCUGAGGUGGCAGGACAGGAGGAGAUUCUGAGCGUUUCCAAGGAGGACCUGGUGGCCUACCUGUCCAAUGACAGCCUCAACACCAAAGCGGAGGAGUUGGUGUACGAGACAGUCAUCAAGUGGAUCAAACGCGACUCUAGCUCCAGAGUUCAGCACCUGUCAGAUCUGCUGGCAUCAGUACGUCUGCCCUUCAUCCACCCGUCAUACCUGCUUAACGUGGUAGAUAACGAGGAGCUGAUCAAGUCGUCAGAGGCAUGCCGCGACCUGGUGAACGAGGCCAAGCGCUACCACAUGUUGCCGCACGCACGCCAGGAAAUGCAGACGCCCCGCACCAGACCGAGACUCUCUGCAGGUGUGGCAGAGGUGAUCGUCCUCGUGGGGGGUCGCCAGGCCAUCGGGAUGAAUCAGCGCUCCCUGACAGCGGUCACCUGCUUCAACCCUCAGAACAGCAAAUGGUACCCAUUAGCCAGCCUGCCAUUCUACGACCGGGAGUUCUUCAGCGUCAUCUCGGCCGGCGAUAACAUCUACCUAUCAGGUGGUACAGAGUCAGGAGUGAUGCUGUCUGACGUGUGGUGCUACAUGUCCUUGUUGGACAACUGGAACUUGGUGUCCCGCAUGACAGUGGCCCGCUGCAGACAUAACAGUUUGGUCUACGACGGCAAACUCUACGCCAUCGGCGGCCUGGGCGUCUCUGGGAAUCUGGAUCACGUGGAGAGGUACGACACCAUCACUAACCAGUGGGAGACGGUGUCCCCGCUACCCAAGCCGGUACACUCGGCGGCGGCCACGGUGUGCGGCGGCAAAGUGUACGUGUUCGGCGGCGUCAACGAGGCGGGGCGUUCGGCCGGCGUGCUGCAGUCGUACGUGCCGCAAAGUGACGCCUGGAGUUUUAUAGAGUCGCCAAUGAUAGAUAACAAGUACGCUCCGGCGGUGAGUCUGGGCGGGCUUGUGUACAUUCUGGGCGGCGCAUACGCACGAGCCACGACCAUCUACGACCCCGACAAGGGCAACAUCAAAGCGGGCCCCAAUAUGAACCACUCCAGGCAGUUCUGCAGCGCGGUGAUCCUGGACGGCAAGAUCUACGCCACGGGAGGCAUCGUGAGCAGCGAGGGUCCGGCGCUAGGCAACAUGGAGACGUUCGAACCCAGCGGCAACACGUGGACGCUGCUUCAAUCGCUACCUUGCCCGCUCUUCAGACACGGCUGCGUUGUUAUCAAGAAGUACAUCCAAAGCGGAUGA